ACAUUGCCAACACAACCAUGGCUCAGUAAUAUUGAGAACACAUACAUAGUACUUUCUUUUGUAGUCAUCACUUACACAAGAUUGAAAUGGCAACACAACCUGAAGAUCCAAAGAAAGCCCUCGGUUGGGCAGCAAGAGAUUCUUCUGGUCUUCUCUCCCCUUUCAAUUUCUUUAGAAGAGAAACUGGUGAAAAAGAUGUGGCACUCAAAAUAUUGUAUUGUGGGAUAUGUCACUCAGAUGUUCACAUGAUGAAGAACGAAUGGGGCGUAUCAACUUAUCCACUAGUUCCUGGGCAUGAGAUUGUUGGUAUAGUGACAAAGGUAGGAAGCAAAGUAGAAAAGUUCAAAGUUGGAGACAAAGUGGGUGUUGGCUACAUGAUUGAUUCAUGUCGAUCAUGUCAAAAUUGUACUGAAAAUCUUGAAAGUUAUUGUCCCCAAUUUAUACCCACAUGUGGUGCCGAGAACUAUCGUGAUGGCACCACAUAUGGAGGUUACUCUGACUCAAUAGUUGUAGACGAGCACUUUGUGAUUCAUAUUCCUGAUGGUUUACCACUUGAAGCCGCAGCUCCUCUUCUUUGCGCUGGUAUAACAGUGUAUAGUCCUCUUCGAUAUUUUGGGCUCGACAAGCCCGGUCUACGUAUAGGUGUUGUUGGUCUUGGUGGACUUGGUCACAUGGCUGUUAAGUUUGCCAAAGCUUUUGGUGCUAAUGUGACUGUAAUUAGUACAUCACCUAACAAAGAAAAGGAAGCAAUAGAACACUUAGGAGCUGACUCAUUUUUUAUAAGUCAUGACAAAGAUAAAAUGAAGGCUGCAAGGGGUACUUUGGAUGGUAUCAUUGAUACAGUUUCAGCUGAUCAUUCUGUCUCACCUCUUAUUGGUUUGUUGAAGUCUCAUGGAAAACUUGUAAUGGUUGGUGUUCCAAUCAAGCCUGUCGAGAUCCAUGUCUCUCAUUUACUUUUGGGGAGAAAGAUGGUAGCUGGAAGUAAUAUUGGAGGAAUGAAAGAGACUCAAGAGAUGAUUGAUUUUGCUGCUAAACAUGAUGUAAAACCUAGCAUUGAAGUCAUUCCUAUGGAUUAUGUUAAUAUUGCAGUGGAGCGACUCCUCAAAGCAGAUGUCAAAUAUCGAUUUGUGAUUGACAUUGGAAACACUCUCAAACCAAGCUCUCAACUCUAUACAUCUUUAAAACGGAUGAAAGAAACAAAUGAAAAAGACGUGGCAUUCAAAAUAUUGUAUUGUGGGAUAUGUCACUCAGAUCUUCACCUGAUGAAAAACGAAUGGGGCAUGUCCAACUAUCCGCUAGUACCUGGGUAUGAAAUUGUUGGAAUAGUGACAAAGGUGGGAAGCAAAGUAGAAAAGUUCAAAGUUGGAGACAAAGUAGGUGUUGGCUACAUAAUUGACUCAUGCCGAUCUUGUCAAAAUUGCACUGAAAAUCUUGAAAGUUAUUGUCCCCAACAUAUACCCACAUGUGGUGCCAAGUAUCGUGAUGGCAUCACAUAUGGAGGUUACUCUGACUCAAUCGUUGUAGACGAGCACUUUAUAGUUCAUAUUCCUGAUGGUUUACCACUUGAAGUUGUUGCUCCUCUUCUUUGUGCUGGUAUCACGGUGUAUAGUCCUCUUCGAUAUUUUGGGCUCGACAAGCCCGGUCUACAUAUAGGUGUUGCUGGUCUCGGUGGACUUGGUCACAUGGCUGUUAAGUUUGCCAAAGCUUUUGGUGCUAAUGUGACUGUAAUUAGUACAUCACCUAACAAAGAAAAGGAAGCAAUAGAACAUUUAGGAGCUGACUCAUUUUUAAUAAGCCAAGACCAAGCUAAGAUGCAGGCUGCAAUGGGUACUUUGGAUGGUAUCAUUGAUACAGUUUCAGCUGAUCAUCCUCUCUUACCUCUUAUUGGAUUGUUGAAAUCUCAUGGAAAACUUGUAAUGGUUGGUGCUCUAAUGAAGCCUAUGGAGCUCCAUGUCUUUCCUUUACUUUUGGGAAGAAAGAUGAUAGUUGGAAGUUUUAUUGGAGGAAUGAAAGAGACUCAAGAUAUGAUUGAUUUUGCUGCUAAACACAAUGUAAAACCUACCAUUGAAGUCAUUCCUAUGGAUUAUGUUAACAUUGCAAUGGAGCGACUCCUCAAAGCAGAUGUCAAAUAUCGAUUUGUGAUCGACAUUGGGAACACUCUCAAACCAAGCUCUUAAAGUUGGGGAACUUUCAAAACAAGUGUGGCAGUUAAUGUUUUGUUAUAUUUAUACAAUAUUGUCAAUUGUUAAAAUAAAUGAUUUUGAUGGUGGACAUCUAAAAGGUUUUGUGCUUGAACUUUAUUUUGCUAAACACAAAUGAGCUUGAUAAAUGAUGUUCAUGGUCAUGGAUGUUCCCUAUGCUACGCUAUUAUCUGCUCAUAAUAAAGUUAUUAUUGGAUUUUGAUGGGACUAUGUAAUGUAUAUGUUGCUUUGAAUUUAACAGCAGACACCUAUUGGGACGUUUCCUGUACAAAAAAGAUUAAUGUCAAGAAUUUAUAUGGUGGUGAUAAUUAGUGAUACCUAUACUCCCAAGUUGUCUUUGUAACUCAAAGGGAUGUUCCAAAAUAUUUAUAGCCUAAUAUAUUUCUCCCUAAAUGAAUUAUAUAUCCAUACACAAGUCCUAAAACCCAAGUCCUAGUUAGUAAAUAUAUUUGAGAAUUUUUUUCUGAUAA